AUGGCAGCGACGACAAAAAAGCAAGCAACUGGUCCACCUCAGCAUCUCAUCGAGAGAAUUGAGCAUCUCAGCUCGCUCAUGCACAACCUUCCCGACAAUCUCCCACUCAAUCCUCCUCACACCGACUCUUCCUAUCAUUUUAGUCUUGACCGCGACGAAUUUGAGGAACGUGGAGUCCUCGGGGCAGUUUCUCGCACAUUGGAAGUCUGUUUUGGACAGAAUCGUGAUGGGGUUAUCGAGUUUAAGGAGAAAGGAAUGAGGUUGACUCGAGAUCUGCCAAAAAUGUUGAAGGAGGCAGUGAAGGAGAUGUCAGUAUUCGACCGCGAAGUUUUUGCAGAGGCCUGGAUUGAGAGGUUGAUACAUGAUGCAAAACGAGUUGGUGCAACUGCAAAGAAACGUAAAGCCGAGGAACCAGCUAGUCAAUCCUACAAAAAAGCACGACCCAGUUCAAUCAUUCAAUUGGACUCAGAUGACUCACCAACUGAAAUGUCUGAUUCGGAACCCCCUCUACAAGUGUCCAUUGCUCCACAUCCCAAGCCCAAAUUACCAACCAAGCAGACAACUCUUCCAUUUGCCAAAGACACCCGAACUGAAGAGGAGAAGCAGGAGGAGUGCUUGAGGAAUAUGAGGCUGGCUAGUCAGAGGAUGAAAGAUUGGAAAGAGAAAGAGAGGAGGAAGCAACAAACAAAAGUUGAACGAGAGCGGGAGCUGGGAAGAUUGCGUCAGCAGAAGCACCGGGCACAGAAAAAGAAGGAAAAGGAAGAUGAUAGAGAGCCCGCCAAGUCAAAUAUGAACAGUGUUCUUGCGAAAGGUGCAGCUGCCGAAGCUGCAGGAUCUUCUCUCAACCCAGCCGACAUUCCCGAGCUGUCUCGUGCAGGAUAUGAAGGUUGGAGGAAGGAGAGAAAUGGUUUCAAGAAUGGGGCAGUCCAGAAACGGGCACGACGUACAAAUUGGUUCCAUCCUUUUUUGUGGGUUCACAUUGAAAAAGCCAUGAUAAAGGCAGACUGGAGUCCGUCAGGUGCAUUGACGAUUUUAAAGCAAGAACAGCCUGCAAUUUUCGGAACGAUGCAUCGUGGUACACUUGGGAAGUGGAAGGAAGUAGGAGAGCGUGCUUUCACGGCAACCACCUUGCAAUCCGUAUCCAACCGACACACUCUUCUUGGCACUGGGCGUGUCGGAGCUCUUACCAAACACAAAGAUAUUGUUGACGCAAUCAAGCACGCAAUCAUCAGCCUUCGGACUUCGGGAUUAGCUGUCAAUGUUGGCAUUGCACGUUCUAUCAUGCUGGCCAUUAUCAAAGAACAAAAACCUGAGAUUCUCAGUGAACAUUUUGAAUGUUCGGAGCGGUUUGUUCGAGAUUUCCUGCAAAGCACUCUCAAUUACACAAUCCGAAAAGGCACUCGAGCAGCGGCACACCUUCCAGCCGAUGCUGAUGACCAAUGUGAACGCACCUUUUAUCGCCUCGUUUAUCCGAUGCUCUGGGAUAAUAUUCCCCCCGAACUCGUCGUCAAUGUAGACCAACUCGGAGUAUAUAUUCUUCCAAAUGGUUCAAUGACCUAUCACACAAAGGGCACCAAACAGGUUGACAUUGUUGGGAAGGAAGAAAAGCGUGCUUUUACGCUUCUGGUUGCAAGCACUCCUUCUGGAGAUUUCCUACCAUUUCAACAGGUUUGGGGUGGACGUAGCAAGCUCUCUCUCCCUUCCAAAAAUGCUACUGGAUUCUCAGAAGCUCUUGACCGGGGUUUUCAUUUCGCAUUUGCAGCCAGCGAGUCCAGUCAGAGAAGCCAUUUUAGUACACUUAAGACGAUGAAAGAGUGGGUAGAAAAUAUUCUGGUCCCUUACAUUCAAGGUGUUAUUGAGGCCAACGACUUGGAUCAAGAUCAAAAGGCCAUCCUUUUUAUUGAUGCAUAUCCAGUUCAUACAGGAAAAGAUUUCCGAGUUUACAUUUACGACGACCACCCUAACAUUAUCCUCAUCUUUGUGCCUGCCAAUUGCACGGGAAAAUUCCAACCUGCCGACGUCGGUCUUCAACGGCCAAUCAAACACUCUUUGAAGCAGGAACUCUUUCGAUGGAUGGCAGGUGUCCAUAAAGAACAGCUCGCUAAUGGUGUUCAGGCAGAAGAUUUCAAGCUUACAACUUCAUAUCCAGCACUACGAGAUGCAUCUGUCGCUGGAAUUGUGAAGGUUUACGACUGGAUGAAAGGGCCAGAUGGACGAGAUCUUAUUAAGAAGACAUGGGGCCGUUGCACUGCGAAAGGCUUCAACCUUUCAGCAGAAUGCUUGACAAGUAAGGAAGCCCGGACUGCAAUGAGAAAAUAUCUACAGGAAGACCCCACACUGUAUCAGGAAAUUGAGAAGAGAUGUGGGAAGGUUUUUGGCGUCGAGUCGGAGGAUCAUUCUGACGAUCUUGAUACAGGUGAGGAUGACGUUGAUGUUCCUCUUGAAGAGGUCGUCAAGGAGACUCUGGGAGAAGAGAGAAUGGGUACUACUUAUAUGCUGAAUGGGGACUCUGGUCAUCUCGAGAAUUCAGGUGACAUGGAGAAUGUAUGGGCAUUUGAUGACAACGGGAAUCUGUGGCGUGAAACUGGUGCAGUACCAGUAGAAGACGAUGGGGAUAAGGAGAAGUAG